AUUAAAAAAAAAGAAAGUUGGCGAAGAAAUUAUUCGUAGGGAGUGAAAUGGUGUGGUCAACACUUUGGUCAAUUCCAAUAUUGCCCUCGCAGAACUCAUUUCUUUCGUUAGUCUCCUCCUCUCCUCUCCUUUUGAUCUCGCGGAUCCGCCGGAGACCCGUCACGCUCAAUUCCACCGCUGCUUACGGGAGGAAAGCCCGCCGUCGUAAGCUUUCCAAAAACGACAUGUCGUUCUCGGUUCCCUUGUCUUCGUCGCAGCCCAGCAGUGGGGAUUUGGACGAUGAGACCCUUUUCAAUUCCAGGCCUGGUGCCAGCAAUGGUGAUUUGUUAACGGAAGAUGAGGAAGCAGAGAUAUCAUCCAUUAGCAAAACUACCACGCGCAAGAAUAAAUACCGCGGAAGUGCGGUGAAAUGCUUUGGGGUGGAUUUGACCCCCGAUAAUAUUGCUGUCGCGAUGGUAUAUUUUGUGCAAGGUGUUUUAGGACUUUCAAGACUUGCUGUUGGUUUUUACUUAAAGGACGAUUUGCAUUUAGAUCCUGCAGAGACAGCUGUGAUAACAGGCUUUUCUGCAUUGCCAUGGCUCAUUAAACCAGUAUAUGGAUUUAUUAGUGAUUCUCUCCCACUAUUUGGCUAUCGAAGGAGGUCGUACUUGAUUUUAUCAGGGCUUCUUGGUGCAUUCUCAUGGACCUUGAUGGCGAGUCUUGUCGACAGCAAGUAUAGUGCUGCUUUUUGCAUACUUCUUGGGUCUCUUUCUGUUGCCUUCUCAGAUGUUGUUGUAGAUUCCAUGGUAGUAGAGAGGGCUCGUGGUGAGUCACAAAGUGUUUCAGGCUCUCUUCAAUCCUUAUGUUGGGGAUCCUCCGCUUUUGGUGGAAUUGUGAGUUCAUACUUCAGCGGCUCCCUGGUCGAUGCUUAUGGUGUAAGGUUUGUUUUUGGUGUCACCGCAUUACUACCUCUGCUAACAUCUGCAGUUGCUGUUCUUGUUACUGAGCAACGUGUGGUAGGUCCAGCGAGGGGGCAAAUUCCUGCUUUGGCCAGCUCAAGCUUUUUAGACAGCACUAAACUGAACAUUAUUGAGUUGUGGGAUGCUGUCAAGCAGCCCAGUGUGUUUCUACCGACGACGUUUCUUUUCCUCUGGCAGGCAACACCUCAGUCAGACUCUGCCAUGUUUUACUUCACCACGAAUAAGCUUGGUUUUACUCCAGAGUUUCUAGGACGAGUCAAGCUUGUCACUUCAGUUGCAUCACUGCUUGGUGUGGGACUGUAUAAUGGUUUUUUGAAGAAAGUUCCGUUGAAAAAGAUUUUUCUUGCAACAACUAUCAUUGGUUCAGCUCUUGGGAUGACUCAGGUUUUCCUUGUAACUGGAUUAAACCGAAAAUUUGGCAUAAGUGAUGAGUGGUUUGCAGCUGGUGAUUCCUUAAUUUUAACAGUUCUUGGUCAGGCUUCUUUCAUGCCGGUACUCGUGUUAGCAGCUAGAUUAUGUCCUGAGGGAAUGGAAGCAACACUCUUUGCAACUCUCAUGUCCAUAUCAAAUGGAGGGAGUGUUCUUGGGGGGUUGAUUGGUGCUGGCCUCACUCAGCUCUUUGGUGUCACCAAAGACAAGUUUGAUAACUUGGCUUUUUUGAUAAUCCUGUGCAAUCUCACCUCACUUUUACCUUUACCAUUCCUAGGCCUUCUUCCAGACGACAAUCCAGAUUCCGAUUUGGACGAAAGUACCGAUAUUGAGAUGAAAUCAAAUUGAGUCAUUGAUGAUUGCCCUUUUGAGGCCGGAGCUAUAUUAUUAUAGAUUUCAAUGAAAGAGAGAAAGAAAACCCUGUAAAUAUUACAAGGUCAGAGACAUAGAAUGAGUCUUCUGUUUUCCCCUUUACACUGUAGUAGCUUAAUCUCUUUGGUGAAAUGUCUUUAAUUUGUUACACUCGGCUCUUCUGUCUAAUUUAUCUUUUUCAUUGUUUAUAA